AUGCUCUCUUUAUUCCUUCCAGUUGGAUUGUGCUGGUCUGAAAAAUUACUUUCAACAGUCUCUCAGAUUGUCCUUGAUAAGAUGGGCAAAGCGUAUACAGCGAAUCUUUCAAGUGUCUUCCUUGCAGCUGGUGAUACAGAUCUUGUUUCUCACCCAGCAAAAGUUGGAGCUUGGAUGAGUUACGUCGAGAGACCACCAUUCAAUUUUAAGGGCUUCAACCACUGGCAUUUCACUCGCCAGCCUUAUGUUCCAAAAGAAUUUGGACAAAUUCCAAGCCAAAUUGAUAAUGACAAUCUUAUUUCAAACGUUAUGGAAAUGUCAGACGAUAUUUACAAAGGUAGUACAAAAAGAUCUUGGCCAUUAGCCUUUUCAAUGAAAAUUUUGUUCGCUGGUGUUUGCGAUAUUCACACACCACUUCAUGUUUCUGAAUACUUUUCAUCAGAAUUUCCAAAUGGCGAUCAAAACGGGCGUUUGUAUGAAGUUGUUUACAAAGGACAAAAAACUAACUUGUUUGAUGUCUACGAAACAGGCUGCGGUCUUGAUGAAAACCUCCAAGUCACAUACGACGAAUCAUUUUGGAAUGAUGUUAAGGAUUUAGCUGACAAUUUGUUGGAAGACUUCAAAUUUGUUAGCAAGAAAUUCUCUCGUACAGAAAUUACAGCACAAAACGCAACGACAUAUCAGUAUACAGUUGAUAAAAUCUAUUCAUUGGUUAAACCAGGUGGUGAACUUACAACCGAAAUGAUCAAUGAAUGUCAAUCACAUACACGCGAUAUGAUGCGUCUUGCUGCUGAGAGAUUAGUAUAUAUCCUUAAUGGUAGCACUAUUCAUGCUCAGAGACUUGAGAAAAUACCUUAUACAACACCUCUUUCCACAUCUGAAAUGGUUGCAUGGUCAUUGAUGUUUAUCCUUGCUCCAUACACUGCUUUCCUUGUUUGGAAGAAACAUUGUGCUUCCAAUGUUUCAGCCUAA